AUGGCGGGUAAGAUGGUGCUGUACAAGCUGGUGGUGCUGGGAGACGGAGGCGUUGGGAAAACAGCCUUGACUAUACAAUUAACUCUACAACAUUUUGUUGAGACUUACGAUCCCACUAUCGAAGACUCGUACAGAAAACAGGUUGUGAUAGAUGGGCAAUCUUGCAUGCUGGAAGUUCUCGAUACUGCUGGCCAGGAAGAAUAUACUGCUUUGAGAGACCAAUGGAUCCGCGACGGUGAAGGCUUCGUCCUAGUGUACAGCAUUUCCUCGAGAUCGUCCUUCACACGAAUUCAACGGUUUCACAACCAGAUUCAACGGGUAAAGGAAUCCUCAGCAUCUUCACCCUCUUAUCCUGGAUCACCCAUAUCAGCCGCGUCACCCUCGGCACCAGUUCCCAUUAUGCUGGUCGGGAAUAAAAGUGACAGAGUUACAGAGCGUGAGGUUUCUACACAGGAAGGACAUGCGUUGGCACGAGAGCUUGGCUGUGAAUUUGUUGAAGCAUCAGCAAAGAAUUGCAUCAAUGUAGAAAAGGCAUUCUACGAUGUAGUGAGGCAGUUGCGCCGCCAACGGAUGCAAAAUAAUGUCAGGUCAAUGCAGGGUCAGGGGAAAGGGACCAGGAUGAAUACUGGAGAAGGGCCAAUGCGGGACGAGUCACGAAAAUAUCGGCCCAAGGAUAAGAAGAAAUGCACCAUAUUAUGA